AUGUCAAAAUUAUCUACAGAAAAUCUCGAGGUAUUCAUUAACGAUUAUCUGAAAGAAGAUUUAAAGCAUUUGGAAAAAUACAUCCAACAAUAUAAUGAGGAAAUUAUGGAAUAUAUACAAUUGAAAAAUACAAUACAAACGAUGCGUGACAAUUUCGACGAUGGCUAUAAAACUCAAAUGAAUAUUGGUUGUAACAUCUUUAUGGAAGCUAAAGUAUAUGAUUUGGAGACGAUUUUAGUGGAUAUUGGAAAGGGUGUAUAUAUACCAUUCACCGCAGAGGAAGCAUUGAAAUUUGCCGAUUUUAAAAUCAAAAUUCUAAAUAAAGAAUGUGAUGUUCUGCGAGAGGAAAGCGUAAAGAAACGAUCGGCCAUUAAGGUGACCCUAAUGUAUAUGGCCGAACAGGAGAAAUUGGUGACGGAAGAGAAGGAUUAA